AUGAAGUGUUUGGUUUUGUUUGUUAUUUUGACUACGCUCUCGGUUCAGGUAAAGCUACUAUUGUGUUAAUGUAACUUUUGGUAUUAUAGUAAGUGAGAAGUGGAGAAUUUUGAGUUGGAGGGUAAGGAUAAUUAAAGUAAAAUUGAUUACGGUAGGGCAAAGUAGAGCAAACUAAAGUUGAGGUAGGAUAAGGGUAGGGUAGGGUAGGGUAGGGUAGGGUAGGGUAGGGUAGGGUAGGGUGGGAUAGGGGGGUAGGAUAGGGUAGGGUAGAGUUUGAAUUUGCAUAUUAAUUCGGUUAAUUUGCAACUUUUCGAACGGUGAUCUCUAAUAUGCCAUUUUAAUUAAACAAAAUUGCUUAUAAUUGAAAAAUAACUGCAUGAAUUAUACAGACUAUUUUCAUGCGUAUUAUAAUAUCAAAUUAUUUCUGUCGAAUGUUUUCAGGCUAGCGAUGGAGAAGAAAAAGUCCCCGAGCUGAUCAGCAAUAUUAAAUCAAGCUUCGAGCAAAUGUCCAAGAGUUAGUAAGUUAGGUUGUCAAGUUGAUGCAAAAAGAAUAGUGCAUAAAUAUUUAUUAGAUUCAUAAAGAAUGGCGCAUGAUAAAUUUGAUGCAAAAAAAAAACGGCGCAUUUAAAAAAAAAUGCCAUUUUCAACCAGUUUUUCCAAUCAUUUAUAGUAAAAUACAAGACAUUCAUUAUCACAAUAUUACUUUAAAACUUAUCCAAAUGACCACCAUUUCAGUGACGAAUGCAAAUGGAACAUUCCAGAUGGUCCCAACGGUCUAGACGCCUUCUUCAAGAAAGCUUACGAAGAAUUCCGAAAAAAUGCCAAAGGAGAACAAACCAUCUUCAGUUGUACUAUUGUCAGGGAUGGUCGUUACAAUGGAGACUACUUGAAGAUCACCUGGGGACCUGGAAGCCCACCAAACACUUACAAUCUUGUUGGAUAA